GCCUCUACAACUUCCUCUGGCUGACCUCGGUUACGACGUAGGCUACGUUUGACCAUAAAUUCAAACACGGGCGCUUUAACUAGUUUGCGUAACCACCUCAAAGUCCCGCCUCCAGGCCUACAGCCAUUGGCUCAACAGCUCAGUUAGGGAGUUUUAAUUGGAUGCUGAGCUGACAUUUAAAAAUUCCGGAACUAAUACCACAGCUGUAAACAACCGCAGUGUGUUCUUUUUAGAAACUGCAUUUUUAGAGCGAUUCAACAUGCCGACCUCCCCCGUGAAGACCCGCAUUCCGCUGACAAGUUUUGGGCAUCUUAUUAGCGAAGUCAAGAGACAGCUCUUUGGGAUUGAUGCACCAACCCCAACAGAACUGACAGGAUGGAGGAAACAUUUUAACAGCUACACAUUACAAGGACGCAGAAAUUUCGUUCUUGCCACAUAUGGUGUUCUUGCACUCACAGCUGCCAUCUACAUGAUGAGACACAGCAGGAAGGAGGAACAUGAAACAGCAUCUGCCCCCUCAUAAACUACAAAUGGAAAGUUAAGGGGGGUUAAGAAUACAAUAAAUUAUUUAUGGUCACUACAUGAGUGGACCGUGGUUAAGGAAGCUCGAGUUUCUACAUGUAACUGGCCAGAUGUUUUCUUUUUCUCUCAUGCACACUGAUUGUCAUUCAAAAAAUUAUUAAAAGUCACAAUAAAAUGGGAGUAGCGACAGAACUGUUCUUCUAUAUUGUGAUGUACAUCCGAGUGUAACUUGGUUGUGGACUUGGUUGAAUGCAUCAGGUGUUGACUGAACGUUGAAAUGUAAAUGUUGGUUGCACUCAUCAGUGAAUGCAGAUGAACAUGAGCUUGAGGGACAAGAUUUAGGCAGAUGAAGUCCUGUUUACGUCACCAAGAGAAAAGUCUGUCGCUUAUGAACAAUACAUGCAUGCCUGGAUGUAUGGUAAACAAUAAAACCUAUAACAUCCAUUUAGAAUAUUGAUAAAGUGAAUUUUAAUUUCAUGCAGACAAUAAUGUUUUUUGUUGUUGUUUUAAGUCUUUUUGGUGGUUUGCCAGUAGAGUGCAGUGUAAGCUUAUUAUCAAGUACAUUUCUUGGAAGCCGUUUGCAUUAUCUGUUUUAAAGGCAAAUUGUGUGGUUAUUUUAACAGCUGUUGGUUUUAGGUUAGUGAAACUAGCAGAUCAGAUAGAGAUGUAUUCCUGUAAAAUGAAAUUUUUAGAAUUUUUUUUUUCUGCUUUUUGUUUCAGGAUGAUCAUGUCAGUUAAUUGUGAUCAGGUGUCAUUCUGAAAGUGAAUCUUCGUUUAAGUGUUAUCGUUGUGAAAUCUACAAUAUUCCAUUAUUAUGCUAAUCAACAAAUGACUGAAGUAAUACCCAUUUACUUUAAUUCAGUACGUUUGGUUUCCUCUUUUAGAUGUUAUACUGUACAGUUAUGUCAACUAUGUCUCUCUGACUGUCACUAAUUUUUUUUUUCCCAAAUAUUUUCACCUGCAUGUGAUACGAUCAAUACCUGGGUCAACUAAAGUGAAACUGAAAUGAAAAAGCACCUGUGUGCACCAAUGGUGGGAUGUGGUAAAAAUAUUUUCCUAUAAAGUUAGAGCAGUAUCCUACUCAGCUGUAGUAAAUUCUCUCUAGCUGAAUGUGCAAGCAGUUGAUGUCAGUCGCAUAAGAGCUCUGGUCUUUUUGUAUUUUGGGACUCAUCUCAUCAUCUUAAAGGUUGUUUCAGUCCAUCAGGUGAAAAUUCAUCUUUGGAUUCAUCUGCAGUACAGUGCAAGGCGGCACAGAAUCAUUCAUCUAUGCUUUAGGACCAUGGAGGAAUGGUAUGAGUGGGCCCUGAUUCAGAAUGGUCCAGCAUAAUGACACUGACCAUGCAGAUGCACGACAGGGCCCAUCCAAGCUGGCCGAGUCCCCUAAACCCUGUGCUGUCCAACCAACACAUUUUCACCCCUUUCGGGACCAGCGGGAAUGUGACCUCAUCACCCAGACUGUGGAUUACUUGAACCACAGUGGAUUUUACUGGGGUCCCUUGGAAGUAGAUGAAGCCCACGCUAGACUUGCCAAACUUCCUCUUGGGACGUUUCUGAUCCGGGACAGCAUGCAAGCAAAUGUUUUCUUCACUCUCAGCUAUCAGUCUCCCGAGGGCCCGACCAGCGUGAGGGUGCUCCUGAAGGAUGGAGGAUUCAGUUUAGCGGGCAGUAAACAUACUUUCUCUUGCCUUUUUGGCCUACUAGGUUACUAUAUUGCAUCCCCAAAAAAGAGUCUGAGUAUGCCGUAUCGCGGAGAAGCGCCGCAGAGCCUGCAAGAACUGGCGAGAAGAGCUGUGGUGCGGAGUUUUGGGAAAGAUAGUAUUCAACAUCUGCCUGUGAGCAAGAAACUUAAAGAAUUUCUGUGGUUGUACCCUUUUAGUAUAUGAAUGUGUGUAGUUCAUAUGAAGAUGUUACAGAUGUUGCAGCUCUAUAACAAAGUACAAUUUAUUGGAAACAUUACAUUUCAUAUGACGGGGUCACAUAAGAGGAAAUUCAGCGAAAUUUUACGGGGCAAAAAAAUGUCCUUUGUUUCUUGUCAGUAGUGGCGAUUUUGCUCACAUAGAAGUUACUUUAAAACAAAGUAAUUUUCUUUUAGGCAACGCGGCAAAUUUGCACAAAAACCUGAACACAAACUUUAAGGUGGUUGUGCAACAAACUCCAGUUGUGUUGUUUUUUUUUUGAAUGACAUUGAUUUUGCACGCUAAUUUUCACUGAGGUAAAUGUGACCAUACCUAUAGGAUUCUGUGCUCUUCAUUGACCCAACUAGAACAUGUACUGUAUUUAUGUGUGUAGUGAUUGUUUGGACUAUUCUACGAUAUUAACUAUGCACUACAAAACAUUUUUUUUUUUUUUUUUAAUGCGCAGUAAGAUCAGGGCAACACCACCACAGGCCUUAAAUUGCUUUACAGCAAUUCUGCUGGUACUGGGCCAGUGCAGAGUUUAAAUUUGUGUAAAAUGAGUGAUUUAACAAUUCAGUUACCUUUACAUAGUAUUGUCUGUAUUAUAUAU